AUGGCCCAGUUUAACUACUUGAAUGAAAUAAAUAGUUUAGCGACAAUGGAUGGACCGAUAACUCGAGGUCCCCUUCAACGUUGGGCGAAGAAAUCUAACAGUGAAAACAUAAACCCGUUAAGUACCUCAUUCAAGAAUCAUUCCAACGUAAAUUUGAGUUCUUGCAACCAGUCCAUGCAAAAGUUGUCAAUAUCGGCGAACCAAAGUUGUAACAACAGUGUGAUAUCUACGAACAAGACUCCAACGCGGAAUGACAACAAGAAGGGCAAGAAGACACCGUCCAAAAACAAAUCUCCAGGUCGAUCAACUACUCCUACACCAAACAAAGCAUCGAAAACACCAAAUAAAGCUGACAGAUUUAUUCCCUCUAGAAGUAAUUCAAAUUAUGACCUGUGCCAUUACAUGAUGAGCCGUGAUGACGAUAGGAACGAAGACUCAGCUCCUCAAUCAGCAGCUGGUGAAGCUAUAGGACGAGCUUUAACGGACACGGAGCCAGGCAGACUCCUGCAGUACACCUGUAAGGCACCUGCAGCUCCUGAAGGAUACCAGAACAGACUUAGGGUUGUGUAUUCACAGGCUAAAGUCCCCUCAUCAGUAAAGAAUACAACUAGAUACAUUCCACAAGCUCCUGACAGGAUACUGGAUGCCCCUGAUAUCUUGGAUGAUUACUACCUCAAUCUAGUCGACUGGAGUGCAUCAAACAUCCUUGCCGUGGCUCUAGGCAACUCAGUCUACCUGUGGAACGCAGGCACAGGUCAAAUAGAACAGCUCUGUACUCUGGAAGGAUCUGAAACUGUAUGUUCAGUACAAUGGGUGCAGGGCGGCGGCUCCCAUCUCGCUGUAGGAACUUCUGCCGCGACUGUAGAGUUAUGGGACUGCGAGAAGAUCAAGAGGUUGAGGGUGAUGGACGGUCACACAGGCCGUGUAGGGUCCUUAGCGUGGAACAUGUACAUAGUGAGCAGUGGCGCGCGCGACGGGAACAUCGUGCACCACGACGUGCGACAGAGAGACCACGCCGUCGCCACCAUACAUGCGCAUACACAGGAGAUUUGCGGGUUAAAAUGGUCUCCGGAUGGUAAAUGUCUUGCAUCGGGCGGCAACGACAAUUUACUCAAUAUCUGGCCAAUUGCACAAGGACAGCAUUACUCGCAAACACAGCACCUAUACUCGUUCAAUCAGCACUUGGCAGCAGUAAAGGGCCUGGCGUGGUGUCCCUGGAGUGCCGGUAUACUGGCCAGUGGAGGCGGGACCGCCGACAGAACUAUACGCAUCUGGAACAUCAAGACUGGCGCCAACAUCAAUACUGUCGAUACUAAGUCACAGGUAUGCUCAAUCGUAUGGAGCACGCAUUAUAAAGAACUGAUCUCCGGCCACGGCUAUGCCAACAACCAACUCGUGAUCUGGAAGUAUCCCGUCAUGUCACGCGUCGCUGAGCUCAACGGACACAUGGCAAGAGUACUACAUCUAGCACUCUCGCCUGAUGGGACUACCGUACUCUCUGCAGGCGCUGAUGAAACACUCAGGCUAUGGAAAUGCUUCAUGUUGGACCCAUCCAAGAAGAAAGAACCAACUGAUUCGAAGGCAGCUAAAUCAUUACUCAAUAUGAACUCUUUGAUCAGAUAA